AUGAGUAAAACCAAAUGGCCUCGUUCCUAUCUGGUUAAAGAUGGGAAGGGAAAAAUAUUGCGUAGAAACACUCACUUCAUAAAACCAGUAGAACAAAGUAUUGUAGAAAAAACCACCAAGUAUGAUGAUAUCGAGGAAGGUGAAAAGGAAGAAAAUACUGAAUUAAAACAAAAAAAUGAAUCUAAAGAAAACAAAAGUGAACAAAAGAAAGAAAAGGAACCUAAUUUAGAGGUAAAACAAAAAAGUGAGAACACUACAGUAAAUAAAAAGGAAUAUUAUACUACUAGAGCGGGUAGGCAGAUAGUGCCAUCAAAGCGUUAUAAUAAUUUGUAA